AGCAAACAGUCCUCAGCUCUCCCCCGAGGAAGGAAGGAGCUCGUGCACGUCGCUCGAGGUCGCCCGCCCUUCCUGGGUGGCCCUCUCUGUGGAAACAGAUCCAAUAAGGAGGUGACCCGCAGACCGGGCGGGAACCCGGAGGUGAGCCAAGGCGGACGCGGCCCAGCCUGGCGUCCCGGGGUCUUCCGUCCUCGCGCCUCGCCCUGCUGGGGAUUCACAUCCCGCUCUGACUCAGCGACUCUGCUGGUGCCACAAUGCUCCCUGGGGACCUCACAGCAGCUUCCUGGGAACUUGUGGUCCGAGUUGACCACCCUACAGCAGAGGAGCAGAGGGAUGUCACAUUGAGGGUGUCCGGGGACCUGCACGUGGGCGGCGUGAUGCUCAAGCUGGUGGAAAAGAUCACUAUGUUUCCAAUAUUGGCAGAUGUGUCCCAGGACUGGUCUGACUUUGCCCUGUGGUGGGAGCAGAAGCGAUGCUGGCUCCUGAAAACCCACUGGACCCUGGACAAGUGCGGGGUGCAAGCUGACGCCAAGCUCCUCUUCACGCCGCAACACAAGAUGCUGCGCCUGCGCCUGCCCAACCUGAAGACCGUGCGGCUGCGCGUCAGCUUCUCGGCCAUGGUGUUCCGAGCUGUGGGUGACAUCUGCAGAGUCCUGAAUAUUAGAAGAUCAGAAGAACUUUCUUUGUUAAAGCCCUUUGGUGACUAUUUUAAGAAAAAAAAGAAGAAAGAGAAAAACAAUAAGGAGCCUGUUAUUGAAGAUAUCCUGAACCUAGAGAGUUCGCCAACAAGUUCAGGUUCCCCAGGAAGUGCUGGCUUGUACAGUAAGACCAUGACUCCCACCUAUGACCCCAUCACCGGAACACCAGUGUCCUCCACCGUGACAUGGUUCAGUGACAGUCCCUUGACGGAACAAAGCUGCAGUGUCCUCGCCUUCAGCCAGCCCCCGCAGUCCCCAGAAGCACUGGCGGAUAUGUUCCAGCCCCGGUCCUUGUUGGAUAAAACCAAGCUCAAUGCAGGGUGGCUGGACUCCUCCCGCUCCCUCAUGGAGCAAGGCAUCCAAGAGGAUGAGCAGCUGCUGCUACGGUUUAAAUACUACACUUUCUUUGAUUUGAAUCCUAAAUAUGAUGCUGUCAGAAUAAACCAGCUGUAUGAGCAAGCCAGGUGGGCUGUGCUCUUGGAAGAAAUCGACUGCACAGAGGAAGAAAUGCUCAUCUUUGCAGCUCUCCAGUAUCACAUCAGCAAACUGUCACUCUCCACUGAAACUCAGGAUUUUACAAAUGACUCUGAAGUUGACGAAGUUGAAGCCGCAUUGUCUAAUUUAGAAGUGACCCUCGAAGGUGGAAAAGCAGACAGCACUUUGGAGGACAUCACUGAUAUCCCAAAACUUGCAGAUUAUCUCAAAUUAUUUAGGCCCAAGAAGCUAAUACUAAAAGCUUUUAAGCAAUAUUGGUUCAUCUUCAAAGACACAUCUAUAGCUUACUUUAAAAAUAAAGAACUUGAACAAGGAGAACCACUAGAAAAACUCAACCUCAAAGGCUGUGAAGUUGUGCCGGAUGUGAAUGUAGCAGGGAGAAAAUUUGGAAUCAAGUUACUCAUCCCUGUUGCUGACGGCAUGAACGAAGUGUGCUUGAGGUGUGAGCAUGAGACUCAGUACGCCCGAUGGAUGGCUGCCUGCAUCUUGGCGUCAAAGGGCAAAACCAUGGCAGACAGCUCCUACCAGCCCGAGGUCCUCAGCAUCCUUUCGUUUCUGAGGAUGAAAAACCGGAACUCGUCCUCUGAGAUGGCUUCCAGUCUCGGAAGCAUGGACAUGAACCCAGAGUGUUUUGUGUCCCCUCGGUGUGCCAAAAAGUACAAGUCUAAACAGCUGGCAGCUCGCAUCCUGGAAGCCCACCAGAACGUGGCCCAGAUGUCCCUUAUUGAAGCCAAGCUGCGCUUCAUUCAGGCCUGGCAGUCCCUACCGGAGUUCGGCCUCACCUACUACCUCGUCAGAUUUAAAGGAAUCAAGAAAGAUGACAUUCUGGGAGUUUCAUAUAAUAGGUUAAUCAGAAUAGAUGCGGCUACUGGGAUUCCGAUUACAACGUGGAGAUUCACCAAUAUGAAGCAGUGGAAUGUCAACUGGGAAAUCCGGCAGGUGGCCAUCGAGUUUGACCAGAACGUGUCCAUCGCCUUUACCUGCCUGAGCGCGGACUGCAAGGUGGUGCACGAGUGCAUCGGGGGCUACAUUUUCCUCUCCACCCGUUCCAAGGACCAGAACGAAACGCUCGACGAGGACCUGUUUCACAAACUGACUGGUGGUCAGGAGUGAGGCCUAUCAGCCCUCCUGGCCCACGCGGGUGGUCCCCGUGCCCCCUGGGGUGAUGGGAUGUACGGACCGAGGGGACCCAGAGCCUCACCUUGCUCCAGCCCGUCUCCAUCCUGUGCCAGUGCCCACCGAGCCACUGCUGUCUUGCCUGUGCAAUGGGUGGCUGAGAAGAAGGUGCUGUCGGGCAGCUCCACGGCCAAGCGUGGGGCCACAGCUCUGCCUCACCUUUGCUGGAAGCUGCCUCAUUGCUAGAUAGUUGUCAAAGACAGGAGCCACGUGCAGUGAGCACAGAGCCUCGGCCACAGACCCGGGUGUGAAGAGAUAGAAACAGGUCUUCCCUUGCCAACGCAGGUGUCAGCGCCCGCCUGUCUACACGGCACUGGGGAGGUGUUGCUGGUACCAGUCAGCGCCAGAGAUCAGAGUGGUGGGCUUCCGGGUCACCCUUUCAUUACAGUGACAUCUGCCGAGGUGGCCAUUGACCCAUCCAGGCUUGGUCACUGCUCCUCUCCUGUUACAGCUGUCACCGGGAGCCCCGGACCCACUCCUGGAGAUCCCAGUGACGCAUUAGAGCCCUUCCUGGCAGCCUGGGUGACAACAGGGACAAGGACACUCUUUCUUCGACCCAGAUCCAUAUCUCCCUUGCUGCUGCUCUACCCUGGGCUCUGGAAGUCAGGCACAGUUCUGUGUUCAUAAAAACCACUUUCUGGCAGUAGCCUCAGAGUCCAGCCAGGCAGACCUGUCCUCUGGACACAAGCACUCUUGGAAGCCCGUGUCCUCCUCGCCUUGUCCCUCAAGGCCUGUGACUUUUCUAAGACACAAGCCAGGGCCAGACCUUCUCUCUCUGCCUCCUGCUGUGUCAUCUCGCCCUGCAUGGUGAGUGAGAGCCAGCUAGCAACUGCCUAAAGCAUCACUUUCCAUUUUGGUUUGUUAGUGGUGGGAAGAGGAAGUGUGGAGAAGCUUUAAAGCAAUACUAGAAGUAAAGAGAACUAUCAGGUAUGACAUUUCUUUUAUUAAACAUUCUGCUGCAGCCUGAAGAACCUGAGUUCAAAGGAUAAGUUAGGAGCUCCAGUUCCAUUUUCAGUUCUCUUCAGUUAUAUCCCUCAGGGGCUGGUGAGGGCCUCAGGGCCCCUCCGCCCACUGCCCCAAACUCUUAGCCAUUCUCAGAGCCAUAGGGACUCUGCUGUGAAGGGACCCAAGUUGCAUCUGGAACGCCCAGGCACCAGCUGAAUUUCUGAGACCUGGCUCCAUGCUCAGACAUGGAAAAUCUGCCUCCCAUCGGAUACAGCCCUGUGCUAGGCACACUGCUCAACGUGAUGUUGAUCAUUUCUAUAUUAGAUUGUGCCUAGACAGGUCUUUGUUGAGAUCGUAAUGGACCCUCCAUAAAACGUAUGUCUUGAUCACAAACCACCCGUUUGCAGCCAAGGAGCCACACCUGCUGUCCCACCAUGGCUGAGUCUUCUCCCCUCCCUUAGCUUGUCACAGUGGGCUGACAUUGCCAGAAAAAUGUGCCCUGAGAUUGACUGGCCUGAGCCAAGGUUUCUGUUGGUUCCUGCUUUCAGGAGAGCUUUCCUUCUGCAGUUACAUGGAAAUAUCCCAAAGGGAUGGUAAGUAGGGCAAGAUGACCUUAAAUGCCACU